AUGAAUCGGCUCAAGCUGGAUGAGACGGCGCUGGACCUGUUCGCUCGGCGGCCGACGCGCAGCUUCUCGACGAGGCUGAGCUUCCUGGACGCGGCGACUGCUAACCGAGACGGAGUAGAAGCUGGCUACCGGCCGCGACAGGUUGUAGAGCUGUGUGGAGCGAGCGACACGCCCAAGACUCGAGUGCUGGAGCACGUCGUGUCCUCCUUCCUCACCAAAAGCUGCGGGGCGAGCGCCCAGCCGCCCAAAGAGCGCGUCUUCAUCUUCGACCACGAGUGCGAGGUGUCGGCAGAGCGGUUGAAGGAUCUGGUGGCCGACAGACUGGCGGGGAGCAAGAGGGAAGACGCUCUGGAGGAGGCGCUGGGACGCGUGCAGACGUACCACUGCCGAGACUCGUUCCAGUGGCUCGCGACGCUCAAUGAUAUCCACUUCCAGUUGUUAGAGGCCCCUCCGGCGCCGUUGAUGCUGGUGUUCAACUGUGUGGGGUCCUUCCACGUUAUUGACAAGAUGACGGCCAAAAGCGUCGGGGACGGCUUGGCCCUGUCCGAGCAAGUAUUUAUUUUCCUAAAGCAGUUCAUUCGGCAUCAUUCGCCGAUAAUUUUUGCCACGAAGGAGACCGCAAGUACGUGCAUUUUCUUCGCUUUGCAUGCUAUUUUUUUAAGUAGGCGAUAG